AUGCAUGUGCAAGGAAGAUGGUCAAUAUGUACCUGUCUUCUUCUAUUAGCACAGAUCUUUCAAGUCCAUGCGAUCAAUCUGAACAUUGACGAUCAGCAAUCUUUCAAAGAUGCCGCUAGCGACGCUACCUACGGGAUGAUGAAGUGGUAUAGUGGUAAUGAAACCGGGGCUAUUCCCGGUGCAUUCCCAUCGAAAUGGUGGGAAGGAGCUGCUCUUUUCUUGGCGCUGUUGAACUACUGGCAUUUCACCGGCGAUGACACAUACAAUGACGAGCUGAAGGUUGGACUCCAAUGGCAGUCUGGUACUGAGGGAGAUUAUAUGCCAAGUAACUACAGUAGUUACCUUGGAAAUGACGACCAGAUGUUCUGGGGUCUAGCAGCGAUGACAGCCGCCGAGCUCAAACUACCCAACAUGCCAACCGGCUUCUCCUGGCUCUCUCUCGCACAAGGCGUCUUCAACACCCAGAAGGAUCGUUGGGAAACGAGCAUGUGCGACGGCGGACUGCGCUGGCAGCUCUAUGUCUACCAAGGGAGUGGAUAUUACUUGAAAAAUGCCGUGUCCAACGGUGGCUUUUUCCAACUAGCCGCUCGUCUGGCCCGGUAUACUAAUGAUGAUCAAUAUCUCAAAUGGGCACGCAAGGCCUGGGACUGGUCAUGCUCUGUGCCACUAGUAAAUAACAAGACGUGGGAAGUGUCCGAUUCGACAAAUGGCGAGAAUCAAUGCAAUAAUGGCGACCAUACGCAGUGGACCUAUAAUUAUGGCAUUUACAUGAUGGGCGCUGCUUAUAUGUAUAGCCAUACAAACGAGUCCAGUUGGCUUGAUGCUGUGAAUGGCCUGCUAAACACGACACUCGAUAAAUUUUUCGACAACAAAAUUAUGUCAGAAGUAACCUGCGAACCGAGUGAAAAGUGCAACAGCAACGAAAUCUUAUUCAAAGGUCUUGAAUCCUCCUGGCUCGCAUUUACGGCUCUACUGAUUCCAUCGACCUCUGCCCGCAUCCUCCCAUAUCUCCAAUCUUCUGCAGCAGGUGCCGCCGCAUCCUGCACAGGUAACAAUAACAAUACCUGUGGAGUUCGGUGGUUGCAGUCAAAAUGGGAUGGAUGGACCGGUAUGGAAGAACAGAUCAGUGCGAGCAAUCUAUUCAGUGCGAAUAUGCUGCGUUGGGUGAAUGAUUCCAACUACAGCCCCGUUACUGCCUCCACUGGUGGAAAUAGUAGCGGUGAUGUUAAUGCUGGGAUGGGCGAUACCCAAGACACUGUUAAGCCUAUGACGACUGGACAAAAAGCUGGUGGUGGGAUUUUGACAGUGAUCUUCUUCUUUGCUUCUGUUGGAAUGGGCUCUUUCUUGAUAAUGGGGGGUUAG